CCUUCGGCAGCUUCCGGAAACUCGGAAGGGAGGCAGCCGAGCGCGUUCGGGUGUCUCCGGCACGGCAGUGACGCCCCGGUGAAGGGGAGUGCUCGUGGUCCCGCCUCAGCCAGACAUGCGGCUGCUCUCGCGAGCUCUCCGCGCGGCGCAGGGCUGCCGGGCCGCCGCGCUGCCCCCUCGGAGCUUCCGGGCAGCGCCGGCCGGGAGCAGCGCAGCGGGGAGAUGUCCGCCCCAGCCGUGCCGCAGGCUGAGCGCCCGGCCCGGCCUGGACGAGCUGUUCGCCGCGCCGUCCUUGCGCCGGCUGCUGGAGGCGCGGGCGCAGGGCGCGGGCGGGGCGGCGCCGCAGCUGGCGGCGAGGGUGCGGCGGCUGCGCGACAAGGAGCGCGAGCUGCGCGACACGCGCGAGCUGGCGCGGCAAGAUGAGAGUGAAGAUUUACGGAAGCUUGCAGAAAUGGAAAUUGCCUCCUGUGAAGAAGAGAUAGCUGAACUGAAACAACAGAUAGUGUUGCUUUUGAUUCCUUCAGAAGAAACAGAUGAAAGUGAUCUGGUCAUGGAAGUAACUGCUGGAGUUGGAGGGCAGGAAGCCAUGCUGUUCACUUCGGAGAUAUUUGAUAUGUAUCAACGAUAUGCUGCCUAUAAAAAAUGGAAAUUUGAAGUAUUAGAAUACUUUCCCAGUGAAAUAGGUGGCCUAAGACAUGCAGUAGCCAGUAUAGCAGGUCUCGAGGCUUACAAAUACAUGAAAUUUGAAGGAGGAGUGCAUCGUGUUCAGCGGGUACCAAAGACAGAAAAACAAGGACGCAUUCAUACCAGCACAAUGACUGUUGCAAUAUUACCCCAACCCACUAAGAUGAGGCUGCAAAUUAAUCCAAAAGAUCUACGGAUAGAAACAAAGCGAGCUAGUGGAGCUGGAGGCCAGCAUGUCAAUACCACAGAUAGUGCUGUAAGGAUAGUUCAUAUUCCAACAGGGAUCGUGUCUGAAUGUCAGCAAGAAAGAUCUCAAAUUAGAAACAAAGAGAAAGCUAUGCAAAUGCUAUGUGCUAAACUAUACAAUGCCAAACUAGAAGAAGAAACUAAAAAGAGAAACAGUGUUCGAAAGAUUCAGAUUGGGACUAAAGGAAGAUCAGAGAAGAUCAGAACCUACAAUUUUCCACAGGACCGGAUUACGGACCACAGAAUAAGCAGAUCAGUGCAUCAUGUUGAAUCUUUCAUGCUAGGAGAAGAAAUGCUAGAUGAAAUGAUACAAACUCUGAGAGAAUAUGCUGAUUUUGAAUCUUUAAUGGAAAUUAUUUCAGAAAAUGAAAAAAAAAAUUCCUCCUGAACAUUACUCUUUAUCAGCCCCUUAGAACAGAUGUUGUAAGGUCUGCGAGGAAGCUUCUUGGAAUACCACCCAGAAAAUGGAACUGCUUUUCAUGUCAUGAAAAACACCAAAACUUCUUUCCUCAUGACUAAUAAACAGUUUUCUUACUUG